UCUCCUCUUGUAUUUAAACACCACUCAUUUCCCUUUCCUCCUCCAUUAUUUACUUUACUGUUUGGUACCAUUUUCAAUUCUUUUCUAUAUAUCUCAAGUUCUCAACCCACAUAUUACAUAUAACAUCCCAAUUUGAUUUCAUCCAUGGCUUCAUCUAAGCUAUUGAGUGUUCUGUUAGUCUGUUUUGCAGUUUUCGGGUUAUCGGAUGCUGUUAACCCACUUAUGCAUUAUGUUAAUGGUAGACAAGGAUGGGUUCUUCACCCUGUUGAGGAUUACAAUAAUUGGGCUGGUCGCAACCGAUUUCUCGUCCAUGAUACUCUUUUGUUUAGGUACAACAAAGAAAUUGAUUCAGUGAUGGAAGUGAGUAAAGAGGAUUAUGAUACUUGUAAUGUUGAUAAGCCUAUACAAAAGAAGGAUGAUGGUGAAUCUGAGUUUGAGUUGAGUCAUCCAGGUCCAUUUUACUACAUUAGUGGUAACAAGACUCAUUGUGAUCAAGGUCAGAAGAUUAUUGUUAAGGUUUUACAAUUACCUUCUGGUUACCCUCCUCAAUCUUCUCCUACCCCGCCAUCGCCUUCCACUCCAGGUGCGCUUCCUCACCCUCAUCCACAAACACCUCCGUCAGCCCAAACCCCGAAAAGCGCCCCUGCUUCACAACCUCCAAUGGCUACCGCACCUAGCACCGGUGGUCCAAAAACCGCACCUGGUCCUACCGGAACACCCCGAAGUGGCACUACACCCUCCACUUCAGCUCCAGCAAUGUCCCCACCAUCAGCCACGUCACCUUCCUCCGCCAUGUCAGGUCCAGCAAUGUCCCCACCAUCAGCCACAUCACCUUCCUCCGCUACCCCUGCCAUGUCAGGUCCAGCGAUGUCCCCAACAUCCGCCACAUCACCUUCCUCUGCCAUGUCAGGUCCAGCAAUGUCCCCAACAUCAGCCACAUCACCUUCCUCCGAUACCCCCAUGAUGCCAGGUCCAUCAAUGUCCCCAACAUCAGGCAUGUCACCUUCAGACUCUCCCAUGAUGGCUGGUCCAGCACUAUCUCCAGGUGGCGAUCUCGCUUCACCUCCGGCACCACCAACAGCAUCCGGACCGGGUUCAGCUUCUGAUACUUCUCCAGCACCGGCAGCCGAAUCGAGAAACGCCGCAGUGAGGAGGAACGGCGGCUAUUCAAUGGGUGUUUUGUCAGUAUUAGUCGCUUUAGUUAUGUGGUUUAAUUAAUUUCUCAUUUACUUUUGAGUCAAUUAUUAUUAUGAUUAUUAUUUUAUCUUUUUUAUUUUAUGUGGAGGCAUAGGGGUACAUGUGUGUGAUUAUCUCUAUAUCUACUUUUCUAGAGCUGUUUUAUGAUUUUAGGUUUGGACAGUGAUUUUUUCUUUUUUGUGUAUUUAUUAUUCGAGUUUUGAAUAAAUAUUUACUCUUUAUGUUCUUAAAUAAAUUUCAUUGUUUCGGAA